AUGGCGGCGCUGGUCUACGCCUCGAGUUGCCAUAUCAUCGGCGACAUGGAGGAGACAGCAGAGGAGUUUAUCAUUGGCUGUCUAGCAGCAGAGGUCAAUGAAGGUGUUCUCCACGCGGUGAGUGUGGUCAAGCGGAUGAACGGACGAUGUACGAUGCCUUAG